AUGCCACUUGCGCCAUCAGCCUCGCGCGUCCAGGGUGGUCUUGGGACAGCAGACGACACUCCACAGCUUCCCCCACCGGAUAUGGCGAUGGUGCAGAAGAUGAUCAACGAUGCUGUAGCAAAGGCACAUGUGAAACAACAGAAGGAAUCGAAGAUGCAGAAGGGCCCGAGGGGUGCAGAGGGAAUCGCUGCUCACCGUUCAGGUGCUUCGAAGUGGAACAACGCCUCCUCCGUGUGCAAACGCUGGAGCGCACCCACGUACGUGUUGGAUUUUGCUUGGGCAUUCCUUUUAACCUUCCUUGCAAUUUACUUUGUGGUGGCAGGGUACUCGCUUUACCGCAAGGUGAGCAUUGCCCGUGACGCGCUAUAG